ACUAUAAAAUGCCCAGCUCUACCAUUCCUAUCAAUCACAUAAAUUCUCUGUUUUAUCUCUGCUCUGCAAAAUUAUCAAAAUACAAAAUGAUCAGUUUUUCGAGUUUCAAGUUUACCUUGCUUCUGCCUCUUAUGGUUGGCUGUCUUAUGGCAGCAUCAGCGAGCAACUUUAACAAUGAUUUUGACAUCACAUGGGGAGACGGGCGUGGUAAGAUUGUCAACAAUGGAGAGGUCCUCACUCUCUCCCUCGAUAAAUCUUCUGGUUCUGGUUUCCAGUCUAAGAAUGAGUAUCUCUUCGGCAAGAUUGAUAUGCAGCUCAAGCUUGUCCCUGGAAACUCUGCUGGCACUGUCACUGCCUACUAUCUAUCUUCGAAAGGAUCAACAUGGGAUGAAAUUGAUUUCGAGUUCCUUGGAAAUCUAAGUGGUGAUCCUUACAUUCUUCACACAAAUGUGUUCAGUCAAGGCAAGGGUAACAGAGAGCAACAAUUCUAUCUCUGGUUUGACCCAACUGCAGAUUUCCACACUUAUUCCAUCCUCUGGAACCCCCAAAGUAUCAUAUUCUCUGUGGACGGUACACCCAUUAGAGAGUUCAAGAACAUGGAGUCAAUUGGUGUCCCAUUUCCUAAAAAUCAGCCGAUGAGAAUUUACUCUAGCUUGUGGAAUGCUGAUGACUGGGCUACAAGGGGUGGUCUGGUUAAGACUGACUGGACCCUAGCUCCUUUCACUGCCUCUUACAGGAACUUCAAUGCCGAUGCCUGUGUGUGGUCCAAUGGAGCCUCUUCCUGCAAAUCGACUGCUACAUCAACAAACAGUGCAUGGUUCUCUCAAGAGAUGGAUUCCGCAAAGCAGCAAAGGUUGCAAUGGGUGCAGAAGAACUACAUGAUCUACAACUACUGCAAUGACGCUAACAGAUUUCCUCAAGGUCUACCUCCUGAGUGCAGUAUGUCUUAAAAGAUUUGAAGAGCCAAUUAGAGAAACUUCUUUUUUGAGAUUUAUAUUCAAUAUUCUUUCUUUCUUUUUUCUUUAUUCAAACCACGUUGCCCAUUCUUUUCAUCUUC